GCGGGCGGCAUUCCGGCGCGGAGCGGAGUGGCUGGGCUUGGGGGCUGCAUCUGGGUACCCCCUUCGCCUCCCCCCUCCCAGAGUUCGCUCGGUCAGCAGGGGCAGCGUCCGGGGCUGCCCCCCGCCCCAACCAGCCUUCCCCUUCCCCCUUCCCUCGGGGCGUCCCCAGCCGCGGGCGCCCCGCGCUGCAGACCCACCCCCCCCACACCUCCCCCGACCAUGGGCAGCCAGAGCUCGAAAGCGCCCCGGGGCGACGUGAGCGCCGACGAGGCGGCCCCCGCCAAGGCCAACGGACAGGAGAACGGCCAUGUGAAGAGCAACGGAGACGUGCCCCCCAAGGCCGAGGCCGAGGCCGCCCCCCCGGGCCCCGCCGAGCCCACCGACGCAGCUCGGGCCAGCGGCGACGCCAUCGAGCCCACGAGCCCGGCGGCGCAGAGCCCGGGUGACGAGGCCAAGGCCGAGGGGCCGCCCAAGGAGACGCCCAAGAAAAAGAAGAAAUUCUCCUUCAAGAAGCCCUUUAAGCUGAGCGGCCUGUCCUUCAAGCGGAAUCGGAAGGAGGUGGGGGGCGACUCGGCAGGAUCCUCGCCCACCGAGGAAGGGGCGGCCGAGGCCGAGGUGCCCAGCAGCCAGGCCCCGCUGCAGGGGGGUGACGAGGAGGCUGCCGCUGAUGCCACGGCCGCCCCUGCCCAGGGGGCUCAGGCCGACGACAGAAAGUUGGAGGAGCCAGCCCCCCAGGCCGCUGAGGGUGCCCCAGAGCAGAGCCCCACGCCGGCCCCGGGCAGCGAGCAGAAAGAGUAGCCCCCCUGGGGUGGGGAGGGGCAAGUGGGCAUCUCCCAAGAUCAAAGGACUGUGCUCCCCCAGGCUGGGUCAGUGCCUGGCCCUGGGGCCGAGACCUCCAGGCAGAGCUGUUCUCCCCUCACCCUUGACCCCUGUGGACUGUCUCUCCUCCCCUCUGGCAUCCCCCUAGCGAGUGAGUGCUCGGAAUGGUCCUCCCACCCAGCCCUCCAUCCUGCCUGCUCUGCAGUUCCCCCUUAGCGUAGUGGAGUGAGAUGCUCAGACCAGCCCCAGCUCCAGGCCCUGCUCCUGCCCCUUUCACUGGUGAGCCCUAAUCUUUCUUCCCCGGUAGGUUUGCUUGUUGCUCUUCUCAGUCCCUGAGGCUAGAGUGGGGUGCCUGGCCAACUCUGGGCCUGGCCUCUCAGGGCUGGGGCUCCUGCAGAGGAUUUUGUGCCAGACCCCAGUGGCUCCAUGGCUUGGGAAGGAAGCUAACCUGGUUGGGUUUUGAUAAAUGUCUUGAUCAGUUUCAGACUCCAGCUUUGUGCGCCUGCUGUGUGUUCCUUUUGACUUUGUAGGGGAGCUGAAGGGUUCUGGGGGGGAGGGGGAUCUGUAUAAUGUGAAGCAACUUAUUGUUUUGUCUCAUUUUUCUUCAUUUGUAAAUAAUUUUUAAUGGCCAAAACUAAACUUGUGACUUUUUCUAACUGCUAAAACCAACCUCCCAUCUGGGUUUUAACUGUGUAACAUUUGGAAAAGGAAUAAACGUCAG